ACACAACGUAUUCCUCUAUGCUAACAAUAUGUCGAGAAAGUGACGUUAGGUAGCAUUUACCCUACAAAUUAGCUGUACAGCUACAAAUGAGCCGUCAAGUAAAUCUCUUCGUCUGCUAGUUUUGCAAACCAGGUAAACUAGGUUAUACGCGAGGCGCUGCAACAAUGUUUGAUUAUUUACAAGUAUUAGCAUUGCAAGUGAAAACAAGGCUAUAAUAUCGAUAUUUUGUCCACGUAAAAGGGCAAUCAAAAGACGUUGAACUGUAUUACUCAUAUCUCAAUGCGUUAGCCUUUAGGUUUUACGAUGAUGUGUCUUGACAGUUUUGGAUUAAUUUAGCUCAGUAGCCAUCCACCUUUGAGCGGCUUAACUCCAGCACUGUUCUUAGCCAGCAAGUGAGAGGAUUACCACGAAAGGCAAUAGCAGUUAAUGGAAGACAAUACUAUCAAGACAGAAGAAAAUAAAAUAUGGGAAGGUUCCCAGAAGGGCACAGAGCAGAAAAAUAAAGAUUCAAACCAGCCCACAUCCACAGAGACUGAAACAGUGAUCCUUGAGCCUGACCCAAGCCCCCCCUGUCUGCGGCCCCCAGUCCUGCCCUUGGGGCUUCUAGCAGCCCCCCUCCGGGUGGGAACAAUGCAAAGCGGGCAGUUGUGGCCAACGGACAGCCCCCCACCGUAUCCAGUCCGCCACAGCGCUACAUGCCCCGCGAAGUGCCCCCACGAUUCCGUUGCCAGCAGGACCACAAAGUGCUACUGAAGAGGGGCCAGCCUCUACUCUCCUGCAUGCUACGCGGAGGAGGUAACAACGGGGAAGGCACGCCCCCUCUCUCUUAUGGAGAUAACCCCGAGUCAACCACAACUGGAGCCUCAGAUUCUGGCUUAGGCACAUCUCUCUCCCUCUCAUCCACUUCAGCGGCCACUGCUUCUGAAACUUCCAGUUAUGCAAAUUCGACUGUGGGGGAGGGCUCUGGCAGCCAGCCCUCCUCUCUGGACUUGGACAAGGUGAUCAUGGACGGUACAAAGCUGGAAGAGUGGCCCAGUAUUUUGGAGGCUGGCCUGGUUGAGAAAGAGACCGACAAUUACGGAGCCCAGAACAGCAGUGCCUCUUGGAGUGAUGGGUUCCUUCAGCAGCAACAGCAGCAGCCAGUGCUGCAGGUGGCAUUAGGAGCGGAGGCUGUUGAAGGGAAAGACAGUGUGUCCGGUAGUCCCCUCUCUGCUUCAUCACCCAGCGAAUGUCCUCAGUCCGGCGGGAUGUGGGCCUCCUCUACUCAGGCUGAAAUUGAGGAAUUAGUCGGAGCUACAGCACAGUCCUCCAUGUCCAAAGGCUCCCCUCCUGAAAAUCAAGAAAGUUUACUUGGCAUCGGUAGUGAGGUGUCUGGUGCCAACUCCAAUCCAAAUUGCAAUUCUUCAGCCUGGCCUGCCUUGGUGCAGGAUGAGAUCGAGAGGGCUAUUGCUGCUGCCAUAGAGACGAAAGCACCCUUAUCUCAAAGUUCAGUUUCCUCCAUGUUAGACAAUGCCCCCCUCGUCACUUCCUCUCCUGACUCUGCGAGUCCGGAGAAUCAAGAGCUUCAGGCACAGGAAUUAUGCUCUGUAGAUGGCGCACGUGCGCUUUGCCAGCAAGAUAAUCAGGGGUCAGAGGUUAAAACGGGACCAAAAAAAGGAGAUGGCGACGAUGGUGACAUGGACUCCAGGAUUCCAGGGGGCGUGGGAAACCUCUCCACCUCCUCAUCUUUCUCUGCCAUGUCGUCGUCCUCGUCUUGGAAAAGCCCGCUGCUGCCCUCGUCCGACCCCAACACAGGUGCCUCCAGGGCUGACUCGUGGGACACAGGGAUGGAGGUGGGUGGUGGUGGUGGUGGUGUGUGGACAGCUGAGAGCCCCACUAACGAAAAGGGAGCACAGGUGAGUGCCGGCACCGGCUGGGGGGUGCUGGGCAAUGAGGGCAGCUGCAUGACCCGCGGGGUCUCUCAGGUAGCGUGGGAUGGGGAGGGGGGUGACAUUGACACGGACACACAGGAAGCUGCUCGACGUCCCUCCAGCUCGGCAGCCGGCAGCGUUGGCGACGGAGACGGGAGCGGCAGUAACAGCUGCGGAGGCAGUGUGGUCAGUGCGGGUGGCGGGGGCCUGUCGCAGGACUCGCAGGGCUCCCUGACCUCCGAGAAAGCUGAGGAUAAUCAGAAAGGGGACGGGGAUGGAUCCGCAGGGGUGUUUACAGGUCAAGAGGAAAGCGGGGGGGACAGCUCCAUGUCCGGCACUCAGCACCAUGACCACGACCAGGCCCAGGUCCCCUCUGGACUCCAGAACCCCAGCCCUGCGGUGGCCUUAAGGAACAUGCUCGGGCGGGGCGACUUGGACCCCAGAGUGCUGUGCAACACCGGCUGGGGGCAGACCCAGAUUCGGCAGAACGUCGCCUGGGAUGUGGAACCAGUGGACAGAGGUGCACGAAGAGAUAACUCCUUCAACAGUGCUGGUGCUCCCGCAACGUACUCCGGUGGCGCCAGCAACACAAACGAACCAGGAACGGCUUCACAAAGGUUCGGCCUGGCACACUCAAAGGAGGGCUGGCAUGGCGUUAACACUUCACUGUCAUCGCGAGGCCCACCUCCACCACACGACUCGCACGCUGUUCAGAAAGCUGCAGCCGGCUUGGAAGGUGGUCACGGAAAACUGACAAGGGACAUGAGCCGGGGGGACGGUGGGGAAGGCCAGGGAAAAGGAUGGGGCAAGGGGGAGCCGGACUGGAGAGAGUCGAAAAGGGACGACCGAGAAAGUGGGGAAUGGGGAAAUUUUGGAGGACAGGGUACCUCGUCCAGUGCAAAGGGCAGUGGCUGGGGAGAUGGACAGGAAGAGAAAGGGACCGGCAGCUGGAAGGAGCUAUCGAUGGGCACAGGUGACUGGAGGCAGAAUCAGUCCGGUGGUGGUGGUGGUGGCGGCGCCGGCUCGUGGAAGGACGGCAAGGGAAGCAGCACCGACGAGGGAUCGUGGUCCAACUGGGACGACAGCAGGCCAAAGAAAAGCUGGGUAGCUGGAUCAGGAGGCGGUGACGUCAAAGCUUACCAAGGCUGGGGUGCCAAGCAGAUGGCCACCAGCCAACUCCCCGCAAUGAAAGGCCCAAAUCAGCAGCAACAACAAUCACAGGCUCCUCAGCCGCAGGCACUCCGCGCAGACCCGAGGGCCUUGCAGGAGGGUCGGGGACGAACAGGCGGUGCCCCGCACCCGAACCAGAGCCAAAGCUCCGGCUGGACGUCCGGCCCCAUCCCCCAGGUGACGACCUCGUCUGAGCCCAGCGGCUGGGAGGAGCCCUCGCCUCAGUCAAUCAGCCGCAACAUGGAGAUCGACGACGGGACAGCCGCCUGGGGCGACCCGAGCUGUUACAAAAGCAAGAGUGUCAACCUGUGGGACAAGAACAGCGCCCAGGGUCAAGCCCAGCAGCAGAAGCCCCUGCAGCAGCCGCCGCAGUCCCUUGGCAGGCAGGCAGGACCCCCCAUGAACCGAGAUUCUAACCUGGGUAAAGCACCCUCCAUGUGGGGAGGUGUAGGAAGGGGUCCCCCAGAACACUCGGGUGACAACGGGACGACAACGUGGGGGAAAGGCUCAGAGUCGUCCAGCGGUUGGGGUGAACCAGACGACCCUGGAAAAGGCAGUGGGUGGGGCAGCCGCUCCCCCAAUCCAAUGAAGUCUGGAUCAAAGACUAUGCAAGAGGGCUGGGGUGAGAUGGACAGUUCCAUGGGCACGACUCGCCACUCCAGCUGGGAGGAUGAGGAUGAAGGCUCUAACAUGUGGAACAACACAGGAUCUCAAGGAAACAGCUCCUCCUACAGCUCUGUAGGCUGGGGCCAUGGAAACAAGAGGGGAAACAAUAAGGGUGGCAUGAAAGGUGGUGAUUCGUGGAUGAAUCCUGUGAAUAGGCAGUUCUCAAACAUGGGCAUGUUGGAUGAUGAUCCAAGUGUUCUCCAGGACAAAAGGAUGGAGGGCGACAAGAGGGGGAUGAACGAGUACAACGGAGAGAUGCGGAAGGGAAGGGGUGGUGGCGGUGUCUUCAGAACACCAGCCUCCAAGGAGGUCGGAGGUGGAGAGGCUGGGCCCUACUUUGACAAGAUGGGAGGCCAUGGCGUGUUUGGAGGCAGUGGGGGGAUGCCUCCGCUCCGAGGGAUGCACCCCAUGAACCCCACGCAAGGGAUCCGUGCCCAAGUGCCUCCGCAGUUCCUGUCCCCUCAGGUUCAGAGCUCCAUUCUGAAGCAGAUGCCCCCACCCUCGGGUAACCUGGUGGGGGGCAUCGGGGGCGUUCCAGGCGGAGUGUUUCCUCCUCAGCUCUCCCCCCAGCACCUGGCUAUGCUGAGUGGCAUUCAUCCUCACAUGCAGCAGAUCCUGGCUUGCCAGUUGCUUUUGCAGCAGCAGCAACAACAGCAGCAACAGCAGCAGCUUCUACAGAACCAGAGGAAGUUCCCACAGCCUAUGCGUCAGCAGCCAGACCCACAGCAGCUGGCCAGAAUCAUGGCUGUUCUCCAGCAGCAGAGACAGCAGCAGCAGGGUGUAGGAGGAGUUGGGACGGUUGGCUCCAAGAUGUCUCCAUCCCACCUGGGAGGAGUGCCACCCAAACACUCGAUGCCCGAGCACCUCCAGCACCCAGGGUUGGGCAGCACGCUAGCUGAACUCCAGGCCAAAGCACAGGGGGGAUACCCAGGAUUUGGCUCUCCGGCCGGUAACCUGUCAGGACUGGAGCUGGGAGGGAUGGUAGGCGCCCCGGGCGCCGUGAAGGACUCUGUGGGGCCGCAGUCUCGCUUCAAGUGGAUGAUGGAGGGCCACUCCACGGCCCCCUCGCCCCCAGACGCAGCUCUCCAUAAGAACGGUCCAUUGACCACCCCAGGCAAACUCAUCGGUGGCACCCCUUAUGCUCAAUAUGACCUGCUUGGAGCAGACGGUUCUGGCAUGACUUCUCAAGUUCUCUCCGACAACUGGCAAAGAACCACUGGCAUGGGUCAGGGUCCCAUCAUGGGCACUUCAAGCUGGCCUCCUGAAUUCCAGCCUGGAGUGCCCUGGAAGGGGAUCCAGAGCGCUGACCCAGAGUCUGACCCCUACGUGACCCCAGGAGGUGUGCUCUCUCCCCAUGAUCCGCCUAAUCUCAGUGACACUGACCAUCAGUUACUGCGAGAUAACACAGGCUCAAACCCUGCCCUCAACACCUUGCUGCCUUCACCAGGUGCCUGGCCCUACAGUGCCUCAGAAAGUCCCCUCUCCAAUGCACACAGCUCGGCAAAGUACUCCGAGUACAAAUCCAGCUGGCCCCCUGAACCAAUUGGACAUAGUAAAUCCUGGAAAACCAAUCGGAACAGCUCUCAGCCUUCACGCCCACCUCCUGGACUCACCAAUCAGAAGCAAAGUUUGGCAUCCCCUUGGCCCACCGGAGGACCACGGUUGGCCCGAGGUUGGGGGGGAGGGAGCAGCCAAGAGACAAGGUUUGAGUCGGACUCUGCUUGGAGUGACGGUUCGGCCCCCAGAGGAAGUUGUUGGCUGCUGCUAAGCAACCUUACCCCUCAGAUCGACGGCUCCACUCUGCGGACUAUCUGCAUGCAGCACGGCCCUCUUCUGACCUUUCACCUGGGUCUGACCCAGGGCAGCGCUCUGAUUCGCUACAGCACUCCGCAGGAGGCAGCCAAAGCUCAGAGUGCCUUGCACAUGUGCGUUUUGGGUAACACCACCAUACUGGCUGAGUUUGUGAGCGAGGAGGAUGUGGCGCGAUACUUCGCACAUUCCCAGGCUGCAGCCGGUGGGGCUGGUGGCAGCGGUGGGGCGGGAGGCAUGGGGGUCUCCCCAGGCUCCGCUGGCCCAGGCACAGCAGGGGCCAGCAGCAGCAGCGGUGGGGGUAGCGGUGGCGGCGGUGGUGGGGCCCGAAAGGGUGACCGUGAUCGAGCCCGAGGGUCACUGUCGGGCGGGAGCAGCAAUGGUGCCGAGGCGGGGGCAGGGGGCAGUGGCGCCGGCUCCUCAGCCUCUGGAUGGCAGAACCUGGACGUGGCCGGCUCUCCUCUGGACGGCUCGGCGGCGCAGGGAUCCGGACUGGGCAUCUUCGCCCAGUGGAGCACCAACGGAGCCGGGGAAGGGGAGGGAGACGGCGUGGGCAUCGGGGGAGGGACCGGGGUGGUGGUGGAGCCGGGGCGCAGCGGGCUCUGGGGGGGAGUGACACCAGGGUACCCCAGCAGCAGCAGCAGCGGAGGCGGCAGCAGCCUCUGGGGGGUCCCCCAAAUGGAGGACAGACACCAAAUCAGCAGCCCUGGUGCUCUGUUGCCAGGCGACCUGCUGGGUGGGGGAACUGAUACCAUCUGACUAUCGUGAGCCCACAAGAGACACACACGGACACACAUACAUGGACACAGUUCAUACACUGGGUGAAGCACUCAGUCACAUGCACUUGCGCACACACACACACACACACACACACACACACACACACACUGCACGUGGAUACACACAUGAACACACUCACCAUUAGGAAUUUCAACUUACACUGGAAGAAAUGCAAAUAGAUGUGCAUACACUAGGGAUAGCCACAAACAGAAACACUGACACAAAAUGUACUUAACUCAUCCAGUGGCAGAAUUCUACAGAGAAAAAAAAUGUUUGUACGCAUUUUCCUGUAAUGUAACUGAAUGCAGGGACUGUUCUAGAAAAAGUACAAGGCCUUCUUUCACAAAUGAAGAUUUCAACUGCUUAGACUUGAACAUUUGAAAAGUCCAAGUCCGUUAGCCUGAGGCACUUAACGGAACUUGAUCCUAUUCAGCUGGAGACUUAUUUGAGUUACACAUGCACAUCCAAAUCCAGAAAAGCCUUGAAAACAGAUAGUCAUUGUAACAGUGUUAAGAACAUCAUGUGUGAUGUAGGGCAACAUGCAAUUUCUUUCUUUUUUAAAAGUCCCUUCUGGACACUGAAUCAAAACACAUGCAAAUACACUGCUCAGAUCCAUAUUAGAAACCAUGUGUUAUUGUGAUUGUCAGUUCAUAUUUGUUCAUUUUCACUUCAUUUUGGGCAGUGAACUCCCAGUAUUGUCAUUGCUCCGGUCAAACCCCAUACCACCUACUGUUUUUAUUUCCUCUCGUCGAUCAUCUUAGUUGUUGUCAUUAUCAUUAUUGAUAUAAUUAUUUGACUUAUUAUUUUUGUUUGGCUGUUUGAGGCAUUUUCUGUAGGUGGCCAGGUACUGUGUCGAGGACACUGCGUUGUGAAUGUGUGUGAGUGAGACCAAAUGCAUAGACUGUGUCUGUGUACGUGUGCAUGGGAGUGAGACUUUUUUUCUAAUGUAUGUUUGCGCAAAAAACAUCACUCUUUUUUGUCUCCUUGAAUGUUUGUUUGUGAAGCUGCUUUACAGAACGUCUGUAUCGUUCAGUGUGCUCUGUACGCUACGUGCUGGUUGUGUGCUCAUGAACAUUGGCACUAAUAUUGUUGUUUUUCAUUUUAAAGUGUUUUUUAGGGUACUCUGUGUAGUCUUUUUUAUUGGCCGACCUGCAAUAAUGAUUGAGAGAACCUUUUUUCCAGAUUCACCCGUCAGAAGGCAUAUGCAUCUCGAAAGACCAUGCCAAAUCUUACUAGACUGAGCAGCGCAGCAAAGAUAUUUACAGACGCCUAAGAACUGUUGUAAUAUUUGUGUGUGUUAUGUUGUUGUUUAUCGUUUUAAGUUAAGAGACUUUUAACACUCCUUUCAGUGUUUUGAUUUGAGAUUUUACAAAGAGAAACUUUAUUUAAGAAAAAAAGAUUUAAGAGGUAUAAUAAAUAUGAAAGUAUUGGCUA